AUGUCUACUACAAAAAAAAUUAAGUAUCCAUCUGGACUACGUAUCUAUAGAACAUUUGAUAAGACAAGUGAAGUCUGGACAAUUGACAACAGAGCCUUAUCUAUUGCUGAAUUUACUCUUGAUAUUGGAGAUAGUAGCAACUGUACUCUCGACAACGCUCCCGGAGAAACAACACAAACAGUAGUGGUGCCUUCAAAACAAAGGAGCGAAGAAAUCUAUAUUACUAAGACUUUUCCUUGGUCUCUCGAAUUAAAAUUCAGUUUGACUGAAACUCCACUCCCAUUUGAAGAACAAAAGAGCGCUUUAGACCAAUUCAAAGUUGAAUGGAAUGAAAAAGUUGAAGUUUCUGAAAAAUAUUUUAAGAAAAUCCCUUACGAAGUACUCACACAACAGCAAAUAGCAGACGAAAUGGCAAAGCUCGGCCAGGAGAAUUUUAUUGACCCUCACUUUCCUCCCAGAGACACUAGUUUGUACAAUGUUGUCGAAGAUCAGUAUCCAUUUAACUUUAUAGUUCACUGGAGAAGGCCUCACGAGUUCAUGAACAACCCUGUAGUGUUCGAAGACGACAUCGAUCCAAAUGACAUCAGACAGGGAUCUCUUGGAGACUGCUGGUUCUUAUCUGCACUUUCCUCCCUGGCUGAAAGACCAGCUAUGGUCAGAAGACUCUUCGUCACUCAAGAAUACAAUAAAGAGGGAAUAUACCAAAUCAGAAUGUGCAAAAACGGAGAAUGGGUCACUGUCACUGUUGACGACUACAUUCCUUGCAGAUAUAAAGGAGGCCCAAUGUUUAGUAGAGGAGUAGGAAACGAGCUUUGGGUGAUGCUUGUUGAAAAGGCUUAUGCUAAAAUUCAUGGAAGUUAUCAUGCUCUCACAUCUGGGAGUGCACAACAUUCCUUGGCUGAUCUUAGUGGAUGUCCCACUGAACAUAUUUCGUUCCCAAAAGAGAAAGAAGACUAUGAAGAUAUUGAAGAAGAAGCUGAAGAGAUCUAUGAAAAAUUGCUCGAAGCUGCUCAAAAGGGGCAUCUGAUCUGUACAAGUACACAUGGAGUUGAUGAAAGCACUGAAGAUGAAAGUCCUGAAGUUGAGGAAGGUCUUGUCUCAGGACAUGUUUACAGUAUCAUCCGAGUCAGAGAAGGGUUAGGGGUUAAACUGCUGAAUAUCAGAAAUCCUUGGGGAGAAUUUGAAUGGAAUGGUGCAUGGGGAAAUGAAUCUGAAGAAUGGACAGAAGAAAUGAAAGAAGAGUUUGACCCUAUUCUUGGUGCUAAUGAUGGGUCCUUUUGGAUGUGCUUGGAAGACUUUAUGAUGAAGUUUAAUGAUAUCGCAAUCUGAAAAAUUCAGAACUAUGAUGAGAUAAGAUUUAAAGGAAAAUUUCUUAAAGUUAAAUCAAAAGAUGAAUCACAUGAAUUUGCUUUGAGCAAAUUUUAUUAAUAUACAUUAAACAUUGAAGAAGAUGAGACAUCUGUGCAUAUUG